CUUAAAUGACGUUUAAAGUAGCGGAAUCUAUGAGCGGAGUGAUACAAAUUUAAGUGCAAUUCAUCAAAAAGUGCAUGCUGGGAUACCUUUCAUUGGCAAGGUCACUGAUUUUUCGAAAUGCCAGAUGAAGUGAGGAAGAUUUACGGUAACGAGCUGUACCGAGAGUAUCCCUCGUACACCGGAAUCACCGGUAGAUCCCAUGAUGCACGCAAAUUCCAGAGAGUGCACUCUCCAUUUUGGGAUACCAAAGAUGGCACUGAUAUGGCAUAUAAAGUGAAGGCCUCCACUUUCAGAUUAGGCGGUCUGGGGGCUGUUAUUGGCACAUGUGACUGCCUCUUAUAUUCCCAUCCUACUACAUCCCUGGAUGGAGCAUUGAGAGUUGGAAAGUGGACAGGAUACAUGGCUUUGGCAGGGGGCAUGUACUCUUCUGCAGUUGGGCUUUUAGCAAAUCUGAGGAAUGAGGAUGGACCAGUCAAUCACAUGCUUGGAGGAGCAAUGAUGGGAUCAGUUGCUGGAAUGGCUGCUAAGAGUACCAAGGUUGGCAGUGGAAUGGCAGUUUUCCUCGCUUUGUCUUGUGGACUUUUGAAACAAUUCGUCAAUGAGGGUGUUAUAUUUAUGCCCAUCAACAAGAAUUCAAGAUUCACGUAUAAAGAGAUGGGAUUUCUUAACCAUGAAAACAGAACAUUUGAUACAUUCAGGAAGGAAUAUCCUUCACUAAGGGAUGAAGUGAAAGGAUAAAGUAUGCAAAUAAACUAGGAAAUUAUAAUAGGAUACAUUGUAGAAAUUAAUAUUUGUCCUUUUAUCGCUGCUGCAUAUGACUUAUUACCAUACUGUGUGAUCUUAGUCAUAGUUUUUUGGACAACCAUAUUUUCAACAAUAGUUUCGAAAAGAGUAAAAUGCAUGUGAACUGUGACAAACUGAGAAUUCAUUUCACAGCAUUUCUUUUACCCUGAUUUCAAGGAAUUAGAGGUAAUCUAGGAAUUUACACUUUGUCAAUUUGAUGAUUUGUAUCACUUGCACUUCAAAUAACUGCCAAAUUAAUGCUGUAUGAAAUGUCCUGCUUGUGACUUGUAAAUAAAGCA